AUGACAGAUAACCUGCCCGAACACGAACACGACAUCAACUUUAUCAACCAGAUCGUCGACGCAAACUGCGUCAUCGCCCAAUACUACUGCAACUCCAAUCAGCAGCACAACUACCAGUAUCGAGCACCACAACAAGAAGCAGCACAAGCACAUCAGAAAGUAGAAUCAAAACACACGACACAACUACCACUUCCAAGCCAAGAACAGCCAUCUUCUCAAGAACUGAAGCAAAGUAUCAACUGGUCCGACCAUCGGUAUGACUGCCACCACGACGCAGAAAAUACCAACCGCAAUUACUGCGACAAGAAGAAUCAAAUGAAUGGGAACUCACAAAACUACUGUACCGAAACUUUAACAGCAACUAUUACAACUGCAAUCACCAAUACAUCCAGCUCUACAGAAGCACAUCACCCCCAGCAACAAAACUGA